AUGGAUCGCGCGCAGUUGCUCCUUGUCGGACUCCCGGCCUUCCUCUUCUUCUCCGACCUCACUCACAUCUUCGCGCCACCGCCUCCCCACCUCCGCCACCCUCCUCACCACCAUCAUCCGCAUCCGCCGCACCAUCACCACCCGCAUCCGCCACACCAUCCCCACCCGCAUCCGCCGCACCAUCCCCACUCGCCGCACCACCACCAGCACCCCGACCCUUCUGCGGGAAUUAUACAGGAGCCACGUGUGGAUGAGGCUGGAUUCGGCAGCACAGUGGAGCUGCAAUUCUGCGCCUCCUGCUCCUACAAGGGAACUGCGGUGACCACGAAGCGCAUGCUGGAAACCUCAUUUCCUGGCAUUCAUGUUAUCUUGCGUAAUUAUCCUCCUCCAUUCCCCAAGCGUGUACUCAGCAAAGUUAUCCCAAUUGUUCAAGUUGGAGCCAUUGCAACAAUAAUGGCGGGUGACCAGAUUUUCCCAAGGCUUGGAAUGGUUCCUCCUCCAUGGUACUACUCACUUCGUGCCAAUAAAUUCGGAACCAUGGCAACAAUCUGGCUAUUUGGCAACUUUGCUCAGUCCUUUCUACAAAGCUCUGGUGCCUUUGAAGUUUACUGCAAUGGAGAUUUGGUAUUCUCAAAACUUGCUGAGCAGAGGUUCCCUAGCGAGUUCGAGUUGCGGGACCUUAUUGGCAGCAGAUUGCCUGAGUCUCCAUUUGGGAGGAAUCUGGGGAAAACCUUGACUUAG